UUUUGGAUUGUUGUCUCUUCUUGGGUUUUAUUGCUCCUCUGUAAAAAUCAUUACUUUUGCACGGCGUAUUCUUUAGGUUUACGUCGUUCGUUUUUGGUUAUUCGUAUUAAUAAUGGGUUUCGUUAAAGUUGUUAAGAACAAACAGUACUUUAAGCGUUAUCAAGUCAAAUUCAAGAGGCGUCGUGAAGGUAAAACUGACUACUAUGCUCGCAAACGUUUGAUCGUCCAAGACAAGAAUAAAUAUGACACUCCCAAAUACCGUUUAAUCGUUCGUUUCUCCAACCGAGACAUCACAUGCCAGGUUGCACACUCUCGCAUUGAAGGAGACAAAAUUGUAUGUGCUGCAUACAGCCAUGAACUACCUAAAUAUGGUGUUAAAGUAGGUUUAACCAAUUAUGCUGCUGCUUACUGCACUGGACUUUUGGUUGCCCGCAGGUUAUUGAAAAAACUUGGUUUGGACCGUUUGUAUGAAGGAUUAAAAGAGGCUAAUGGUGAAGAAUACUACGUUGAACCUGCAGAUGAAGGUCCAAAUGCUUUCCGUUGCAAUCUAGAUGUUGGUUUGAUGAAAACCAGCACUGGUGCUAGAGUUUUUGGAGCAAUGAAAGGAGCCGUUGAUGGAGGUUUCAACAUUCCUCACAGUGUAAAGCGAUUCCCUGGCUACGAUGCUGAAGCCAAAGAAUACAGUGCUGAAACUCAUCGUAAGCACAUUUUGGGCUUGCACGUUGCUGAAUACAUGCGAAAAUUAGAAGAAGAAGAUGAAGAUGCUUACAAUCGUCAGUUCUCUCAGUACAUCAAAUUAGGAAUUGUUGCCGAUGAUUUGGAAAAUAUGUACAAGAAAGCUCAUGAAAAUAUCAGAAGUGACCCGAAACGAGAUAGGAAACCGAAGAAGGAUGUUUCAAAGGAACCUAAACGCUGGAACGCUAAGAAAUUAACUAAUGCUGAACGCAAACAACGUGUUGUGGACGCCAAAGCUGCGUAUCUUAAAGAGUUACAAGGCGAAGAGAUGGAAUCCUAAACCGUUUUAUGUGCUGAGUGUAUUAUUUCAAUAAAACAUAUAAAACUCACUAAAA